UUCAGUAUGUCUUGUGCAUUUGAACGAUGUUCUUUCAUCUGAUGUUAUUAUUGGAUCGUUAUUGGCUUGUAGUUUAGCACAAAAUGUGCUGCAGGUUGGUUUUUCGUUGCAUAACGUUACGUUGACUUWGCAGUAGCGGUGUUGCGAUCGUGUAAAUGUUUCGUCCUAUCAAACUAUUGUUGUCAACAUGCUUUGCAUGUGGAAUCUUUUCUCUAUUAUUAUUCUACAUAUACACGGAUAGUUACAGCAAGAAAAAUGAAGUAUCUCGCGUACAAAGAACUAGAACUAUUAAAAAGGCAGUGCAUAUGAAAGAAAAUUGGAAUCUAGCCGAGAACGCGGAGACACCAAUGCCUCAAGAGAGGCCGACAAUAACUCUACCUACAACCUCUGUUCAAGAGCUAACGACAAAAUUUGUAAAGGAAACACAAAAUUCUUCCUUGAAUUCUAUUAAUGGUGGUGAUUCAAUAGAUCAACUUAUAGAAGCAUCACUAGAAAAAAAUAAAAAACGUAGUCACGGUGAUGGUGAUGCACCAGAAACUACAGACGUUCCUGAAGAAAAUGACAUCUCAGAGAAAGAAGAAGAARCUCCUAGUCAAACAAGUAGUUAUAACGAUGAGACAAACGUUGAGCAAAAUUCGAAUAAAAAAAUCCAUUCCCCUGAAAGUGAUAACGAAGAGGAAGAUYUAGAACUAUGUCCUGCAAAGCCUCCAUCACUGACUGGUCCUUUAUUUGUGAAUCAAAAUAUUCCAAAAAUGGAGGAUCUUSAAAAGCAUAUUUCAGAAGACUUUGGAGGCUGGGUGAAGAAAGGUGGAKCCUKKARCCCAACUCAUUGUAAAGCCAGAGUUAAGAUGGCACUUAUUGUACCAUUCAGGAAGAGAUUUGAACAGUUGGCAAUUUUUGUCMGACACAUGCACCCAAUGUUAAAACGUCAGCAAAUUGACUAUCGAAUAAUAAUUGUGGAGCAGUCUGGUAGAACACCUUUUAACAGAGCAAUCCUGUUCAAUAUUGGCUACAAAGAAGCUUUAAAAUUCAAGAAAUUCAACUGUUUUAUAUUCCAUGAUGUUGAUCUUAUUCCUGAGGAUGACCGUAACAUGUACACUUGUCCCACCUCUCCACGACAUAUGUCGGCAGCUGUUGACAAAUUUAAUUAUCGAUUACCAUAUAAUAGUAUAUUUGGAGGUGUUGAAGCUUUUUUGAGGAAAGAUUUUGAAGAAAUCAAUGGAUUUUCMAACAAGUUCUGGGGCUGGGGUGGAGAAGAUGAUGACUUAUAUCAAAGAGUUGUUUCCAAGGGACAUCACUUGACGCGACCAUCUCUUCAUAUAGGACGUUAUAAGAUGAUCAGAAUUCAUCACCGUCAAAGCUCUAAAGCUGACCCAAAUAGCGGUGCUAGGGUUAAGAAUGCCCGAAUACGAAUGCUGAGAGAUGGUCUUAACUCUCUUAAGUAUAAAGUACUUAAGAUCAAAGAAGAACCAAUGUAUACGAUGGUGACAGUGGAAGUAAAUCCAAAAAAUUUUAAAGAUAGCUAUAAUCGUAAGAAUUAUUAAUGUAGUAUGUUCAAAUAUGUCUCAAAUGUUUGGCCUCCCUUGUAUCAGUCUGUGUUAUUAUGUUUUUUUUUUGUUUUUUUUUUUCAAAAUAAGAAUAAGAAUUUGAUAGCAAAAAUGAUACAAAUAUGAUUUUUCUUAAAUCGAAUGAGAAACAUGUAUUCAUCCUAUAAAAUAUUUAAUAAUAUUUGCUGCUAACAUGUAAUGUAUAUAGAUUAAUGGUUGUUUUUAACUUGAUUAAAAACAGCAUAUAUAUUAUAUAUAUUAGGAUAAUAUGUUUAAUUUGUGAUGCAAUUCCAAUGACUGUAUUUUGAAUAAUAAAACAAUUAAUCUUUAUUUCCUAAUUGUGCAAGUUACGUGUAUAUGUACAAGAAUCACAAAAAAGAAAGGGAAAAAAAACUAAACCCUUGUGCCUAGCAUGUCAUCAUUGAAAUUUCUAGCAUAUGGGAUUCCUUUGUCUGAAGUUGGAGCAAAGGUACUAGUAGGUCUUCACCUCAGUCUCGGAWCGAUUUUGUCUGAUUGGCUCUCAAAAGAAAAAUGACACUUUUUGUCUUUUUGUGAGAGAAGAUUCAUAUUUUGAAAAUAUUUUAAGUUACGGUUUUUAGAAGAAAAUACAAUAAAMGGAAAGAAAGAAGAAAAACAGAACAAAAAAAUAAGUUGAUCGAUAUAAAGUGGUAAAACGAUCACUCCGAACGAGAGGUGAUCAGUCGAUCCCCAGCUAGGUCAUUCAUGACUAGCCCAUACAAUACUUGCAGUCUUUCUAGUAUGUGGGAGCCUUUCUCGAAAUCGCAGCGCUUUAGCUACGAUCAGGCAAGCGAGGCACUUACCUCGGUAAAAUUUUAUCGAGUUUUCUUUAAUUCGUAUCCAAAAUAAAAAAGUUUGAUCAAUGGUGUAAGAUAAAAAUUCACAAUAUGCUUGGCAAAACGUUUCAAAUCACGUUUCCGAGUGUCUCAAUUUCAAAAUGUUUCGGGGAAGUAUGCCCGCGAACCCCCUAGAUACGACCGCUUCCGCCGUUCGUGCAAAGUGCUCGGUUAACAUU